AUGUACCUCUCUUUUUUUCAUUUCGUUCUUUAUUUCACUUUCCUUUUCAUUCUUUCUUUUCUUUCUCUUUUUUCCUCUCUUUUCUUUUUGCUUCUCUUUACUUUCUUCCUCUCUCUCUUCUUUCUUUCUUUCUGUCCUUUGUAUCUUUCAUUUUUCUCUUUUCAUUCUCUUUUUUCUUUCUUUCUCUCUUGUUCUUUCAGUACUUUCUUUCUCUUUUCCCUUUCUCUCCUUUUCUUUCUUCUUCUUUUUCUUUCCGCACUUUCUUCUUUUUCUUUUCAUUUACUCUUUUGCUUUCUUCCUUUGUUUUUCUUUCUUCCUUUCUCCUUCAUUUACUUCUUUCUGUCCUUUGUCUGCUUGUUUGUUUCUAUCUCUUUCUUUUUCAUUCUCGCUUCUUCUUUCUCAUCCAUUUUUUCUUUCUUUCAUUUUUAUAUUGCUACAAAUCUGUUAUAUAUGGCUUCUUCUAAUGCUUCUUCUUCUUCUUCUGACACUUCUACUUCUAAUGAUUCUUCCUCUUCUUCUGGGGCUUCUUAUGCUAAUGCUUCUUCUUCUUCUUCUUCUUCUUCUUCUUCCAAUGCUUCUUCUUCUUCUUCUUCAGACGCCUCUUCUUUUAAUGCUUCUUCUUUUGACGCCUCUUCUUCUAAUGCUUCUUCUUCUUCUUCUUCUUCUUCUUCUUCUUCUUCUUCUAAUGCUUCUUCUUCUUCAGACGCCUCUUCUUUUAAUGCCUCUUCUUCUUCUUUUGACGCCUCUUCUUCUAAUGCUUUUUUUUUCUCCUUCUUCUUCUAA